GAAACUUUCGUUCACCCCCUUGCAACCCUAAAACAGAAAACUUCCAUUUGCAUCUUCUCCAUCUUCUCCCUUCAACGUCCAUGAUCAACGCAUCUUCAAAGGAAAAGUAUCAACAGUUGUAAGAAUGACGCUGUGCAAAAUAAUCUUUCACCAUGGUGGUGAGUUCGUGCGUGAUAACUUCGUAUUCUACAGAGGAGGAGAUGUACUGACUGUUCAUGGGCAAGAUUCAGAUACCUGGUCAUUCUACGAAGCAAUGAGUUUAGUUCUCCAGCUUGGCUUUGAUGGAGGUCGAAUCAGAAUGUGGAGGAAAAUAGAAGGUAUUGAUGAAAACUUUUUUCACUUGACUGAUGAUCUUCAUGUUACAGAAAUUGCAAAGCACUGUAUCUUGCACAAUGUUGAGGGGCAUAUUUGGCUAGAACAUUUUGUUGGAGACAACACAAAGUGGGCUGAGAAACCAAAUAUAGUUGAUGUUGGUGAAGUGAGUGAAGAUGAUGACUCUCCAGGGGUAAGGUUUGGGGACAACAAGGAAGAAAGAGUGAAUGAUGACAAUGAAGGAUUUGUGGUUGUGGAGGUUGAAAGACCAGAUGUUGGUAAUAGGGUUGAAGUGGCAGGUAAGAAUCUUAGGUACAAGUUAAGAGCUAACAAGGAUGAAUCAACUUUAAGGUCUCCCAAAAAAAUAAAGUUGUGUGUUCCUUCAAGGGUGCUUGGGGACAAACCUAGUUCAUCAAGUUUAGUUUAA